AUGGCGAUUAAGUUAGUCGUUGGAGGGUUCACCUUGAACAUUAUUAGUCUACGCGCGCAAGUGGGUUUGGACGAGGGAGAAGGAGAUUUCAAUGGGCACAUUGGGUCUGUUUCGAGGGGUUAUGACGAGGUGCAUGGUGGAUUUGGCUUCGGGGACAGGAAUGGUGGAGGAGUUUCACUCCUGAAUUUCGCAAAAGCUUUUGGAUUGGUGGUAGCCAACUCGAGUUUUCCGAAGACGGAGGAGCACUUGGUAACCUUUCGUACCUCGGUGGCUGCGACGCAAAUAGACUUUUUGCUUCUUAGAAAAGAUGAUAAAGGCCUCUGUAAGGACUGCAAGGUCAUACCGAGUGAGAAUCUUACAACCCAACAUAAGCUACGGGUGAUGGAUUUGGAGAUAAAAAGGAGGAAGAAGAAGAGGGCCAUGGAUGACCGACCGAGGAUUAGGUGGGGGAGUUUGACUCCGGCUAGUGCCCUAGAGAUGGGGGAGAAGUUGAUGGCUAUGGGAGCGUGGGAUAGUAGGGGGAUGCGGCGAGUAUGUGGGAUAGGACGGCCGGUUGCAUUAGGGAACAGAGAGAUAUUAGGGGUCUCGAGGCCGCCGUGA